CCAAUGGCGGCGGCGAUGGCGGCUUCUCUCAGACUCCGCAACCUACUGAUGCGGCGACUGACAGCCCCCACCCACCUGGGUCUCAACCUCAGCCUUCGCCCUCUGGGCUCCUCUGCACAAGAGAAGUCCUCCAGAGCAGCACCCAGUGAAGCCCCAGACCACAGCUAUGAGUCCCUUCGAGUGACAGCUACCCAGAAACACAUUCUGCACGUGCAGCUAAACCGGCCCGAGAAGCGGAAUGCCAUGAACAAGGCCUUCUGGAGGGAGAUGGUGGAAUGCUUCAACAAGAUAGCGCAAGAUCCUGACUGUCGGGCUGUGGUGAUCUCUGGUUCAGGAAAAACUUUCACUGCAGGUAUCGACCUCACGGACUUCGCUUCGGACCUCCUUCAGCCCCAGGGAGAAGAUGCGGCCCGCAUCAGCUGGCACCUCCGCAGGCUCAUCGCCGGAUACCAAGAGACCUUCAGCGUCAUCGAGAAGUGCCCCAAACCGGUGAUCGCAGCCAUCCACGGGGGCUGCAUUGGCGCAGGCGUGGACCUCAUCACUGCCUGUGACAUCCGCUACUGUGCCCAGGAUGCUUUCUUCCAGGUGAAGGAGGUGGACAUAGGUUUGGCGGCCGAUGUGGGAACCCUGCAGCGCCUGCCCAGAGUCAUUGGGAACCAGAGCCUGGUCAACGAGCUGGCCUUCACCGCCCGCAAGAUGAUGGCUGACGAGGCCCUGGGCAGUGGGCUGGUCAGCCGGCUGUUCCCAGACAAGGAGGCCAUGCUUGAUGCCGCCUUCGCCCUGGCGGCCGAGAUUUCCAGCAAGAGCCCGGUGGCGGUGCAGGGCACCAAAAUCCACCUGCUCUACUCCCGUGACCAUUCGGUGGCCGAAGGCCUCAACUACAUGGCGUCCUGGAACAUGAGCAUGCUGCAAACCGAGGACAUCGUUAAGUCCGUCCAGGCCGCGAUGGAGAAGAAGGAACUGAAGAGCGUCACCUUCUCCAAGCUCUGAGAGCCCCCGCGUCGCCGGCCCUAACCCCGGGUCUGGCCUUGAUCCACCUCGUGCCUGUGUUUCCUCAUCCACAGAGGAAGGCCUGGUGAAGAUGGUCGCCUCGCCGCCUUCUCAGCCACCCUCCCCGUUUAUAACUUUAUGACACUGAUUUCCUCAUCUUAUCUUUGCCUUACGAACAAUAAAGCAAUGUAAAGAA